AUAGUGGAUCAAGAGCGCCACUUUAUACAUGUAUGUAAGAGUCGGUUGUGUUAAAUGAUUUAUAGUAUAUAACUCAGGCAGUUUCUGUGCUUUAGUAUAAAAUUAGCUGAAUAUAAAGUUUGUGUUAGAGCGAGACAGUGAGCUGUGUUCAUAAUAAACACAUGUGUCAGUCCGCGCAUGGAAGCAGCGCAUCUCUUCUCUGUCUUUCUCUGAGGUUUGACUGAAGAGCUGAAGCGAUCCAGUGAAGCAGUAUGCUGUCCCUCAAAGAGAAGGACCGGCCCAUCGUCAGAAAGCUGUUGUGCGCCGGCUGCUGUGUGAGAUGUGUUCUGCGCUUCUGCUGUGUGGGAACCAGCUCCGCUUACAGACGAUCCUACCAGGACUUACACAAGGAGCUUCUGGCCUUCAUCGGUGAGGAAAACAGCCCUCAGUCCCAUGAUGCCUCUGGUGAGGAGAAAACCGACGCCCCGCCGCAUAAACGCAUGAGAAUAGAUGAGGAUUCCGUCACACCAGCGCAGACAGACUCAGACAUCUGUCCCGUCUGCUUAGGAGUCCUGCAGGACUUCUGUGAUCCCACCUUCGCCAAACAGGUGUCAGAUGCUGUGAAAAAGCAGCAGUACGAGUUUGACAGUCUGGUGCUGACCGUUUCUCUUCCCGCUCAGCUGUCCGUCAGAGAGCAUUCCUGCUGGUUGCAUGUCAAAAAAGAAGUCAGGGAGAAGAGCAUGUGUUUGGGUAAAGAGGAUGUCAUCCAGGUGAAGGACGCAUUCAAGUGGGCCGUACAGGGAAAGAUCGGACAGGAGCUGGGAGCUGCUGUCGUGGCCAAUAGUCCGUGUGAAGUGAGCGUUGGCUUUACACAUCCGGAGACAGAGGAGGACUGUCAUUUCUUAGCAAAUACCUGUCCAGACUGUUUCAAACCCACCAAAAACAAAGCGUCCAUCUUCACCAGGAUGGCUGUGGUUAAAGCUCUGGAGAAGAUCUCUGAAGAGAAGUUUAGCAGGCAUUACCCAUGUCCACCAAAGAAAGCAACCACUAGAUGUACAGCGCUGGACACCACAUGUCUCCACACGUCUGUUUUCAUAGCAGGUCGGUAUAAUAAGUUUUCGCGGGAGCUUCCGCAGACGCCGUGGGUGAUCGAUGGAGAGAGACGGAUGGAUGGAUCGGUGGAGGAGCUGAUCGCUGCUCCUCUCCUGUCCUCGUUCAGAGCUGACGGUUUUAACUUCUCAUCUUCAGGACGGGAGGAUGUGGACGUGAGGACUCUGGGAAAUGGUCGACCGUUCGCUGUGGAGCUGCUGAACCCCCAUCGAGCCAAAUUCAACAGAACUGAAAUCAAACAACUACAGGAGACGAUCAACCAGUCAUCUGAUAAAAUUAGAGUACGAGACCUACAGAUCGUUACCAGAGAAGCAACAAGUCGCAUGAAAGAGGGUGAAGAGGAGAAGACGAAAACCUACAGUGCCCUCAUCUGGACGCAGAAGGCCAUCGACAGCACUGAUCUAGAAUUCCUAGCAAAUAUCAAGGAUCUGAAGAUCGCUCAGAAGACCCCACUGAGAGUCCUGCAUCGCCGGCCGCUGGCGGUCCGACAGAGACUCGUCCACUCCAUGAGCGUCAUUUACCUGGAUAAACACCACUUCACCCUAAAGCUGUGCACACAGGCCGGCACUUACAUUAAAGAGUUUGUGCACGGAGACUUCGGCCGCACGAAACCCAACCUCUGUGACCUCAUGAAAACUGACGCUGAUAUUCUGGAGCUGGACGUCGAGUCUGUUGACGUCGACUGGCCUCCUGCUAUCCCGGAUUGACAUUUGGGAUUUUGAGAAUAGUUUUGUAUGCAUGUCAGGACUAUAUAUUUCUGUCAUACAGUUCUUUGUUAGUUUGACUGUUAUUUGGUUGAAUUUAAAGCAAAUGGCACUGAAUGCAUUUUCUUUAAUAAAACAGUCUUUGAAUUUA